AUGUCGGUCCUAUCCGCGUGGGAGGCCUGCGAUAAGACAGACACUCUGUUCAUCCUCGUCUGCUCGGUGUUCUGCUGGCUCAUCAUACCAGCCGUUGGCCUCGCCUAUUCGGGCUACUCGACUCGCUUCAACAGUCUUGCCUCGUUUUACCCUGGUCUCCUCGCUGUCGCCGUCUGUUCACUGCAAUGGUGGAUGAUUGGAUACUCACUGGCUUAUUCCGAAGGCAAUGCUUUCAUCGGUGACCUUUCCAAGGCGUUUCAUAUCGGUGUCCUCGCAGAGCCCGUUGGCACUAUUCCCGAAGUUCUUUUCUCGGAGUUUCAGCUCAUCUUCUGCGCGACUGUGUGUGCUAUAGCCAUUGGCGGAGCCUGUGAACGUGGUCGCCUCCUUCCAUUGAUUCCAUUCAUCUUCCUAUGGAGCACAUUCAUCUAUGCGCCCCUGGCCCACAUGGUCUGGUCGGACAACGGUUUCCUUGCGCGUCUAGGCGCCCUCGACUUCGCCGGCGGCACCCCCGUCCACAUUUGCAGCGGCGCCACUGCGACCGCCAUGAGCAUCUACCUCUCCUACCCAGUCUUCCGAUCCCGCCGAUCCAGCAAACGCACACCUCAGCAUCUCCGCCUCCACAAGCCGCAUAACUCGCUUUGCCAGCUCCUUGCGCUCAUCAUAAUCUGGAAUGCGUGGCUCGCCUUCGACGCUGGUACAACUCUCGCCCUGAACUUCAAGAGUGUGAUGGCGGCGUGUGUCACGAACCUUUGUGCUGCGUCGGGCGCGCUCACAUGGGCUGGGAUUACAUACUGGGAAACAGGCAAGUUCAGCCUCGACAGCACAUUCCUAGGCGCUAUCGCAGGGCUUGUCCUCAUCACUCCAAGCGCGGGGUUCAUCGAUCUCAACACCUCUGUCGCUUUUGGAGUGGUUGGUGCCCUUGCCGGACGGCAGGCACUGCGGAUCAAGUUCACCAAGGGAGCUGCGUUGCGCCGCUGGGUGGAUAAUGGCGAUACUUUUGCGACGCAUUGCCUCGGAGGACUGCUCGGAACACUUGCGACCGGUCUGUUUGCGCAGCGAGAGGUAGCGGCGUACGAUGGCGAGACAAUCAUUGCCGGUGGUUGCGUUUUCGACGGGAAUUGGCGUCAGCUCGGUGUGCAAUUGGUCGAGGCGUUGAUCGGGUUUACAUGGAGCUUUGUCGGAAGCUAUGUGAUAUACGCUCUAAUCGACUGCGUUCCUGGCCUUGAGGUUCUGGCGACGGAUGAGGAUAUCAUUGCAGGUAUGGACGCAUCGCAAAUGGACGAGUCUCUCCACGAAGCCCAAUGGGCCGGCGAAGAAGACUACCACCCCUUCCAUUCCGAAAUUCAACUGUGA